AUGGUUUGCCUCAUGCUAGAAUAUGAAAGCCUUACGCCACUGCACCGAGCCCCUAUCGAUGAAUUUACUAAGAACAUUCUGGACAUUGGAACUGGGAAGGGAAGCUGGGCGAUUGACAUGGCGGAUGCUUACCCAGAUGCAACCGUCCGAGGUGUAGACCUAUUCCCCCCUCCAGCGACUUGGGUUCCUCCCAACUGUGUUUUCGAAGUGGAUGAUAUCCAGCGUGAGUGGACCUGGAAGGACAAGUUCGAUUAUAUCCAUAUCCGUCAGCUACUUGGAUCCUUUUCUGAGAAGGGCUGGGACAAUUUGUAUCAGAACUGUUACAAGAACCUCGAACCGGGCGGCUGGAUCGAACAAACUGAAUUCGACAUCCGUGUAUACAGCGAUGAUGGUUCCCUACCUAAAGAUAGUGUACUUUCAGAAUGGGGCCACAUGUUCAUCCCUUGUGGUGAGCGAGCCGGUCGUCCCUUGACGACACAGGAGACUAUGCGGGGUGCGCUGAAGCAGGCCGGCUUCGUUGAUAUACAAGAAAAGCUCUACAAGGUACCCAUGGGACCAUGGCCCAGAGAUAAGCUAUUGAAAGAGGUUGGUCUGCUGAACUAUCAUCACUGGAUGGUUGGUUUGGAGGGAUACGCGAUGUGGUUCCUCACUAAUUACGGAUCUCCUGAUCCCUGGACCAAAGAUGAGGUCGAGGUGUACUUGGCGAAAGUCCGAUUGGAUUUGAGGAAUACCAAGUAUCAUGGAUAUGGUUAUGCGCGGCGUGUGUGGGGGAGAAAGCCUAAGCAAGGCGAAACGAGCAAGGGAAAGGAGCCAGCGUGGUAG